AUUUAGCAUAAUAUCUUAUUCCACUUCCUACUUCACUCUCUCUCUCUCUAUCUGUCCCUUUUCUCCUUAGAAGUAGAGUAAAGUAAUUCCCCACUAUUUCGCACUCUUCCUCUCUCCCUUCCUCUCUUGCUCUUGCUCUAUUUAUCUCCCUUUGUGUGUGUGUCUUUUUUUUUCUUUAUUUUUUUUCUUAAUUACAAGAUGAGCAAACAAAAUCAAAUGAAUUCAGUUGAAUUACUCAUCUCAACAGUUGAUUACCAUCGCAAAGACCCAGUGUUUUGGAUAGAAGCAAACACGGACUUGCAAAAAUACAAGCAAAAACAUAGGCGUUUUCCGAGAUACUAUAGUGAACUUCAGAAACUCCAUGAUCAUCUUGUUGCAACACUGGAAGACGUAUUUGUGCCAGUUUUACCCGCCUGUCCUAUUCCGCGUUAUGAUAAGGAAGGUCGGCGUGUAGUACGCCAGUGGUGGUUCAAUGUUGGCCGUAAUACCAUAAUUCAGUCUGAUAAUAACGAUAAUACAGAUCGAGUCGAGUAUAAGCUCCAAAGAUGGUUGGAUCGUAUUGUUGAUCACCCUCGUAUUCAGCCUAGUGAAGGCCUCCGGGAAUUUGUUGAAAGUGAAGUUGGAUUUAGGCCUUUACUAAAAAAGGGUCGCCAAACCAAACCUGCAACCGUACCUGUCUCCGAAAGAGAUAUGGAGCCUGCUUAUAUACAACAGCAAGCCUACUUGGCCGAUAUUCUCCAGUCUUUUCAAGACCUUUCUCGACAGAUUGAACGUACUUCUAGCGAACACAAGAUGCUUAGCCAGUCAUGGGUUGAGCUUGGAUCUUCUUGGAUCACAUAUGGCGGUAGAGAACGUAACCCUUGCCUGUUUAUUCUGUAUAAAGGGAUUACCAAAGGUUGUCAGCAACUAUCAGCCAUUGAAAAAUCACAAGCGUGUUCAACAACAGAAACUUUAGGAGAUGAGGUUAAUUACCAGAUUAGAAAUACUGAAGCAGCUCAAGCCACUAUGCAACGCCGAUUGGGUGCCUUAUCUGAAUACCUCACUAGCCGUAAACAAACCGAACACAGCCUUCGACAAGUAGAACGUUUGAAAUCAUCGGGUUCUAUUGACCGGACAAGAGCAGAUGGGGCCAUAAAAGAUCUUGAGAUUGCUCGACGUACGGAAAGAGAUAGCUUGAAACGAUAUGAAGCUAUUGACCAUCACAUCGAACAAGACAUGAGAGAACAACAGCCUAAGCUUAGUAGAGAUAUGAUUAGCUGUUUGCGUGAAUAUGCAAGAAGCCAGAUAUUUCUUGAAAAACAAAAACUCGCAAUCUGGGAAAGUAUCCAAAGCAGUGUUUAAAUGAUUUGCCUCACUACACCACUACCCUAAAAAAUAACAAUAAAAGAUGUGUAUUCUUGAGUGUAUCAAC